AUGAAUAAUUGCUUUAUCGUUCGAAAACUUGCAUCUGAUGAUCAGGUAUAAAUUGAUAGUAAAAAGGAAUUUUUUUUAAAUAUUCCUCUCUCUAGUAUCAAAUUUAAUAGUAAUUAUUAAUAUUGAUUAUUUAGGCCUCUUUUCAAAUAAUACAAUCUCUUAUUAUGGUAUUUUACUUAUUCCAUAAUAAAAGGUGUUUUUAAAGAAAAUAAUAUAAUAGUGCUAGGUUGGACUUUUAGAGAGUAAAAAUUCAAUAGAGGAGGAUUGUAUUGUUGCAAAAUUUAGUUUAAAAUUUUAGACAUAAGUAUUAAAAAAUAAGAAAUAAUUUCUCAAAUCUAGAAUUUAAUCUAUGAAAUGAUUGAUUCAUUGUCAAGAGAUUCAUAAAUUUAUAAAUUCUUAAUAAUUAUAGAGAAAGAAUAGGAGUAAUACUAUCAUGGAUUUUCAGAAUUUUUUCCAGAUUAAAUAAAAAUGAAGCAAAGUUUUAAAUGA